CCCCGGGAUGCGUCCGAGCUAGGAGUCAGGUCCAGGAUGGGGGCUGUGUCUGUCUGGGCCUCGGGCCUCCUGAUGUUCCAGGUGCUGCUGUUUGUGGCUGGGGAACAGAGCACCCAGGACGUCUCUGCUGCUGCCUCUGCCACCAUCGACAAGGGGCUCCACAUGCAGAAGGUGGGGUCGGGGUUGGUUCGGGCCGCGUUGGCAGAGCUGGUAGCCCUGCCCUGUCUCUUCACCCUGCGGCCAUGGCCAGGUGCAGCCCGAGAAGCCCCUCGGAUCAAGUGGACCAAGGUGCGGACUGCAUCGGGCCAGCGGCAGGACUUGCCCAUCCUGGUGGCCAAGGACAAUGUGGUUCGAGUGGCCAAGGGCUGGCAGGGACGCGUGUCACUGCCUGCCUACCCCCGGCACCGGGCCAACGCGACGCUGCUACUGGGACCACUGAGGGCCAGCGACUCUGGACUCUACCGCUGCCAGGUGGUGAGAGGCAUCGAGGAUGAGCAGGACCUGGUGCCCCUGGAGGUGACAGGUGUUGUGUUCCACUACCGGGCAGCUCAGGAUCGCUAUGCACUGACCUUCGCAGAGGCCCAGGAGGCCUGCCGUCUCAGCUCGGCCACCAUUGCAGCCCCACGGCACCUGCAGGCUGCCUUUGAAGAUGGCUUUGACAACUGUGAUGCGGGGUGGCUCUCUGACCGCACUGUUCGGUAUCCUAUCACCCAGUCCCGUCCUGGUUGCUAUGGCGACCGUAGCAGCCUUCCAGGGGUGAGGAGCUAUGGCAGGCGCGACCCACAGGAACUCUACGAUGUGUAUUGCUUUGCCCGUGAGCUGGGGGGCGAAGUCUUCUAUGUGGGCCCGGCCCGCCGCCUGACACUGGCCGGCGCGCGUGCCCAGUGCCGCCGCCAGGGCGCCGCGCUAGCCUCGGUGGGACAGCUGCACUUGGCCUGGCACGAGGGCCUGGACCAGUGCGACCCGGGCUGGCUGGCCGACGGCAGCGUGCGCUACCCGAUCCAGACGCCGCGCCGGCGCUGCGGGGGCCCAGCCCCGGGCGUGCGCACAGUCUACCGUUUCGCCAAUCGCACCGGCUUCCCGGCGCCCGGAGAGCGCUUCGAUGCCUACUGCUUCCGAGCUCAUCACCCUACACCACAUCAACAUGGAGACCCAGAGACCCCUUCGUCUGGGGAUGAGGGGGAGAUUCUGUCUGCAGAAGGGCCCCCAGCCCAAGAACUGGAGCCCAGCACUAGGGAGGAGACGAUCACCCCUGACUUCCAGGAGCCUCUCGUGUCCAGUGGGGACGAAGAACCUCUGAUCUUGGCAGGAAAGCAGGAGUCUCAGGAGACCCCCAGCCCUGCCCCUGGAGGCUUCACGCUAGUCUCAAGGCCCUCCCUGGAGGCUGAAGAGGUGUGGCUGAGCACAGCGGCCCCCAGCCCUAGCAGCCCUAGCACUGCAGUGGGCGCACACACAGAGGCAACUCCAACUGGCCCCAUACCCAGGAGGAGGGGACGCUUUAAAGGGUUGAACGGGCGCCACUUCCAGCAGCAGGAACCCCAGCAAGGCCUGGAGAUAGGGCUUAAGGCCGGCACCCAGCCCCCGACUCCAGAGGCUGCUGGGAAUCACGUGGAGCUUCCGCUGGCCACGGGAGCCACAGAUGCCUCAGGGAGUAGCCAGAGCCAAAGCCCCUGGGCCGUGCUGACCAAUGAGGUGGAUGUGCCUGAAGCUGGUUCCCCUGGUGGCAGGAGCCCCCCAGAACCCUGGCUGUGGCCCCCAACUGUGGUCCCACCUAGCAUCCCAGGCCCCAGCAGGGUCCUUGGCCUGAAACUAGAGGAAGCCAAGGGCCCCAGUGUGAGGCCAGCCACUCCUGACCUGCCCUUGUCCCCCUCAGAGGCCACCGUCCUGGCACCCAGCCCCUCAGAAGGGCCCAGCACUGCCUCCUGGGAGGUAUCCCCCAUGGUCUCUUCCCCAGACCUACCUCUCAUGGCCAUGCUGCGGGCCCCGAAACUGUGGCUACAACCACACCCUACGUCCCUCCCCACGCAGGCCGACAGCGUCACGGGGCAUAGUGAGGCCAUGGCCGCUGGCCCACCCUCUCCCGCCUCAGAGACUGAGGCUGUCCCCCAGGACCCCAUCCAUCUAGAGGUGCAUUCCCUGUCCCUCUCCUCAGUCCCAACAGGACAGGGUAGAGAAGCCACAUCCCCAACAGUUGGCACCAGUCCUAACCAUCCCAGGGCAAACUUCGGAGAAACCGGGGGGACCAGCCCUACUGGGCUCAGCAAAGCUGAGCUCCCCAGAUCCAGCCCACAAGCGUCUGUGGACAAGAAUGUGGCAGAAGAUUUCACCCCCACUGAGACAGCCACUGAGCCCACAGGAGUGAGAGACAUCUCAGAGUCUGGGUCUGGGGUCGCCAGCACAGCGGAAAGCUCCAGUUCCAGCUCUCAGGCCACCGUGGACGAGGCACAGGGCACAUGGCCCUCACUGCACAGUGAAGGGCUGGACUCCCGCCCUCCAUCUGCACCCUCAGGGGGCCCCAGAGUUUUCUUAAUUCCUGGGGUCACCCCGAGUUCAGAGCCUUGGGCUGCUAUAAAUGGAGAAGCCAUGUUGGGGCCCACAGAUUCUACAGCCACACUGGACGCCAGUGAUGCUGGUGGGAUUUGGGAACAUGGAUCUCACGGGGUUGAGGGAACUGAAAGCCCCACCUUGAGCCCUCAAGUGGCUGUGGAUUCAAGCAUGGCGAUGUCCCUCUUGUCCCUGGAACAGGGGGACAAGGUUGGGGUCCUGGCCAUAUCCACAGUGGCCUCCUCAAGCUCCCAACCCCAUCCAGAACCGGAGGACCAGACGGUGACCCCGGGAACCCUGGGAGCCUUGGCCCCUUCACAUGACAGCAGCCCCCAGAGGGAGCCUGUUUUUCCUUCUUGGACACCGACAGCUGUCAGCGUUGACAAGCCUGCCUCAGUUUCCUCAGGAGAGCCUACAGUGCCGGGAGACUCCCCCAGCACCCCUCCGCCUGCCUCCCUGGGCCCGGAGGAGUUUGAGCUGGAGGUCCUGGCAGGGAGCCCAGGUGUGGAGGGCUUCUGGGAGGAGGCAGCGAGUGGAGAAGAGCCGACCCUGCCAGGGACCCCUGCAAAUGGGAGUGCGGAAGAGGCUCCCUUGGAUCCAUGCGAAAACAACCCUUGCCUGCAUGGAGGCAGCUGUAAAGUCAACGGCACCAUGUAUGGCUGUAGCUGUGACCAGGGCUUCGCCGGGGAGAACUGUGAGAUUGAUAUUGAUGAGUGCGUCUCCAGCCCCUGUAAGAAUGGAGGCACCUGCAUUGACGAGGUCAACACGUUCGUCUGCCUUUGCCUCCCCAGCUAUGGGGGCAGCCUCUGCGAGAAAGACACGGAGGGCUGUGACCACGGCUGGCACAAGUUCCAAGGCCACUGCUACCGCCACUUUGCCCAUCGACGGGCGUGGGAGGACGCCGAGAGGGACUGCCGCCGCCGGGCUGGCCACCUGACCAGCAUCCACUCGCCUGAGGAACACAGCUUCAUUAACAGCUUUGGGCGUGAAAACACGUGGAUCGGCCUGAAUGACAGGAUCGUGGAGAGGGAUUUCCAGUGGACGGACAACACAGGGCUGCAAUAUGAGAACUGGCGGGAGAACCAGCCUGACAAUUUCUUUGCGGGCGGGGAGGACUGUGUGGUGAUGGUUGCACACGAGAGCGGGCGCUGGAACGAUGUUCCCUGCAACUACAACCUCCCAUACGUCUGUAAGAAGGGAACAGUACUGUGUGGUCCCCCUCCGGCAGUGCAGAACGCCUCACCCAUUGGUGCUCGCAAGGCCAAGUAUAACGUCCAUGCCACUGUCCGGUAUCAAUGUGAUGAAGGAUUUACCCAGCACCACGUGGCUGUCAUCCGAUGCCGGAGCAAUGGCAAGUGGGACCAGCCCCAGAUCGUCUGCACCAAACCCAGACGGUCCCAUCGGAUGCGGCGACACCAUCACCACCACCAGCAUCACCACCAGCAUCACCACCACAAAUCGCGCAAGGAACGCAGAAAACACAAGAAACACCCAGUGGAGGACUGGGAGAAGGAAGAAGGGAACUUCUGCUGA